AGCAGCGCCGGCGAGCGCGGCGACCGCCUGCUGAUCAAGGAUCAAGUUCCGAUCGAGCGCGGCAGCCGGAGAAAGGAGGGUUAAUUUCACUUGGAGAGGCAUGGUGGCGUCUUCGCUGGCAAAUGUGCCCUGGGCGCCGUGCUCCUGUUCGACGAAAUGACUCAGCGAGCGCAGGGCGUGGUUGCAGACUGUUGUCGGCACGGGCAGCAACAGAACUUGGUGGCCAGCAGCUGGCCAUGGAUGGUUUAAAUGAUGACUUUCCAUCCUCAUAUAGAAGAGAAGACGAGCUGAUGGCAUCAGCUAGUUGUGCUGUCGGACUAGCUUUCCAUCCAACAGACCGGCACUCCCAAGCUGCGUGUCACCUGAUGAAAUGCCUCGUAAGACAGGUACUUGUCUUCUUUGUUACCACUUACUCUUAAAAUUCUCUUAAGUUUCCGAAGGGGUGAUGUAAACUUCACAAACAAUCCAGGUGCCACUGAGUUUGUUUGUAUGUUGAAAGUUCAAUGCAAGAACGGACAUCACCUGACACCUGGUCUCGAAAUUGAUAGUAAAUAAAGGAAUGGACCUCGUCUAAAGUUUAAGUAUAUUUCCAAAGAUCCUCUUGAUUUGUCUACAUAUGUAUUUUUCUUGGCUGGCAAUUUUCUUGUAAUGCAUGUCAAGUUGCCAACUAGAUACAAAUGGAACUGCCAUGCUUCAGCCCUUUUUUAUAUAGUGUGCAACUACACUUACUGCUAAUGACAUAUUUUGUUAGCUCUCUAUUUUGUGUGUGAAUAAUUCUUCUUCUAGGUUGGUAAGCACUGCUAAUCUGAUUGGAUGCAGACAUACAAGUAUGGAGAACCUUUGACUCAGAUAGUUGGUUGUUCUCCUAGUUGUUCAUCAUCACUGUAUGCUCCACUUUUCUUCAAAAUUAGCUAAAUAGUGUUGAAGUGCAGUAUGCUGAUUUCGUGGUGGGUGUCAGUCAUCUUUUCUCGCCCUUUCUUAUUCAUUGACUUCGUUUACAUAUGUUUUACUUAGGAUGUGUAAAUUUCGCAUUACUCUUCCAUAAUUAUCUAUAUUUAACAGCCUGAAGGGUAUCAUGUUUUUGGCAUUACUUUUAGUAUAUCAGGACAUAUGGUGUUUACCUUUUCAUGUUGAAUUACAGCAUUGUCUUUGGAUGUGUAUAUUAUUGGUUACAGUAUAUCAUUUGGAUGUGUAUCUUAUUGGUUACACUACCUCAUGCUUCCACAAGUGUGUAUAUUUGACAUCAACCUUUGCUUUUCACCUUUUCCAUGUUGAAUUUCAUUCAUUAUUGCCACUUUGCUAGCUUGUCUUGUUGACUGGGUGAUAUUGUUUGUCUAUGUUUUGUUUGGAAGUGUAUCUUUUGAGUCACUCUUUCAUCAUUGCAGUAUAUUUUAACAGACUCAAGGUUACCAGUGUUUCGGUAUUGUUGUCAAGCUCACCAUUGACUUUGCAUUUGUCAGUUAGCUGGAAUAUGAAUGGGAUUUUUUGUAUACUUACAUCUUUUGGGACUACAAAAAUAAUAUGUUUUGCUGAGUAAGUUAUAAAAAAAUUUGCACAUAACUCAACUACUCAAGUUCCUGACUAUUGUUGGGAUUCCGCAGGCAAUCUGCCAUGAACUGGAAGUCUCUAUGUCAUGUCAUUGCCCUGUCAUCAACUUAGACUGCAAUCAGUACAAUUCCCCUUUAUGCAAUUUACUAUUAUGGCUUCCAAGUGAAGCGAUUCGGAGCUUGAAAUUAUGAGGAAACUGUGGUUGAAAAUAAUCUUAUGCUGCAACAUAUCAGAGCUUAUCCAACUAAAUGUCCUAUAUAUGUAGCCUAAGCAACCAAACUCAACAAAAGAAGCAUUUGCAUUUCCAUUCUCCAUAGUAAGACAUGGAAACCACUAUCUUCAGUUUGACUGAGGGCGCAGUGAUGAGUCUUCUGUGCAAGCUUGGCUGCCUUCUUUCCCAGGAGAGGUGGUUGGUACAGGGUGUGUAUGGAGACAUGCAGUUCAUCAAAGAUGAGCUUGAGAGUAUGAAUGCUUUCCUGCGCACCCUCACCAUGUCAGAGGGCCAUGAUGAUCAAGUGAGAAUCUGGAUGAAGCAAGUGAGGGAGAUUGCCUAUGAUUCUGAGGACUGCAUUGAUGAGUUCAUACACCACUUUGGUGAUUCAUCAGGAUUGGGCUUACGUCAUUGGUUAAUGUGCAUUCUUGACCUGCUUGGUUGCCAUCGUCGCAUUGCCAUCCAGCUCCAAGAAUUGAAGACCCGUGCUCGGGAUGUUGGUGAGCGGCGCUCACGUUACGGGGUGAUGCUAGCAAAGGCCCAACUUCAGGAAUCCGGCUCACAAGUUUUGAAGCAUGCCUUUCUUCAUCUUGACCCACAGCUGCAUGCUCUCUUUACAGAUGAGGCACAGCUUGUAGGCAUUGAUGAACCGAGGAACGCGCUUGUAAGAUGGCUAAUGGAAGAUGAUCUGCAGCUUCGCGUGCUAGCCAUAGUUGGAUUUGGUGGCCUAGGCAAGACCACACUGGCACGGAUGGUGUGCGAGAGCCCAGUGGUGAAAGGGGCUGAUUUUCAGUGCUGUCCAUUGUUCAUUGUGUCACAGACCUUCAACAUCAGAACGCUGUUUCAGCACAUGAUAAGGGAGUUGAUCCAACGACCUCACAAGGCCAUGGCAAUAGCAGGAGGCAAGUAUGGCCAUUUCACAGAGGAAAACUUGGAGGGAAUUGAAAGGCUGGAGGUUGCAGUACUGGCUGAGAUGCUUAGGAGAUAUUUACAAGACAAAAGGUACAUUAUAAUCCUUGAUGACAUAUGGUCCAUAUCAUCAUGGGAGAGCAUCAGAUGUGCAUUGCCUGACAAUAAGAAAGGUAGCAGGGUAAUAGUAACCACGAGGAAUGAAGAUGUGGCCAAAACGUGCUGUUCUCAUCACCAAGAUUGGAUAUACAAAAUCCAGCGACUAUCAGAUGCUAAAUCACGAGAACUAUUCUUCAAAAGAAUCUUUGGCUCUGAACAUGAAUUACCAAAUGAUGAGUUGGAUGAAGUAUCAAAUUCCAUUUUGAAGAAAUGCGGGGGUUUGCCUUUAGCAAUACUGAGCAUCGGCAGCCUUCUUGCAAGUAAGACAAAUAGAACCAAGCAGGAGUGGCAGAAGGUCUGCGACAACUUGGGCUCUGAACUUGAAAGUAAUCCUACUCUGGAAGGUGCAAAGCAAGUCUUGACCUUGAGCUAUGAUGAUCUACCGUACCAUCUGAAGUCUUGCUUCUUAUAUCUAAGUAUCUUCCCUGAAAAUUAUGAGAUCAAGAGGGGGCCUCUGGUGAGAAGGUGGAUAGCAGAAGGUUUUGUCAGUCAAAGGUAUGGAUUAAGCACGGAGCAGAUCGCUGAAAGUUACUUUGAUGAGUUUGUUGCCAGAAGCAUUGUGCAGCCUGUAAGAAUCGACUGGAAUGGCAAAGUGAGGAGCUGCAGAGUACAUGAUAUAAUGCUAGAAGUCAUCGUCUCCAAGUCACUUGAGGAGAACUUCGCAUCCUUCUUACGUGAUAAUGGAAGCUUAUUAGUGUCUCAUGAUAAAAUUCGGCGCUUAUGCAUCCACAAUAGUCAAAACCAGCUGGUGCAGAAUACUAGUGCCAGUGUAUCUCAUGUUCGCUCGUUCACAAUGUCAGCUUCUGUCGAGGAAGCCCCGGUCUUCUUUCCACGGCUACAUCUGCUAAGAGUACUUGACAUGGAAGGUUGCAUUUGCUUGAGGAACAACGACUUGAACUGUAUCUGCAAUUUUUUCCAGCUGAAGUACCUAAGCCUCAGAAAGACUAAUAUCUCUAAGUUGCCACGGCGACUAGGAAAUCUGAAACACUUGGAGACGCUGGAUAUUAGAGCAACACUCAUCAAGAAACUACCGACCAGUGCAAAAAACCUCAGUUGUAUGAAGCAUCUGUUAGUUGGGCACAAGGAACAACUUACAAGAACAGGCAGCGUCAAGUUCUUAAAACAUUGCUCAGGUUUGGAGAUGGAUCCUGGGGUGGUCAAGAAUAUGAAGUCCCUGCAAUCACUUGCCCAUAUAGUGGUCAAAGACCAGCCCUUGGUUCUACGGGACAUUGGUCUAUUGCAAAAGCUAAGGAAGCUUAAAGUCCUUAUCCGUAAUGUGGAAGUUAACUGGAAGGAGUUAGUUGGGUCUUUGGGGAAGUUGGCAAGCUUUCUAAGCUCACUCUCUAUUCACAUUGUAGAUGGAAAGAAGUAUGGUUCAUCACUAGACAUUCUAGCUUUUGUAGAGUCACCUCCCCUACUCGUCACUAAUUUUAGCCUGGCGGGCAAGUUGGACAGUCUACCUCCUUGGAUAUCGUCGCUUCGAAGCGUGUCCAGGUUUACUCUUCGUAACACUGGACUCCAUGCCGAGGCCAUAACAGUUCUUGGAGACCUGCCAAACCUACUCUGCCUCAAGCUCUAUCACAAGUCGUAUGCUGAUGACUGCAUAGUGUUUCCCCUCGGUAAAUUUACAAAACUCAGCAUGUUGGUCAUUGAUAAUCUGGAUAGUAUUGAUAGAGUGCACUUUGAGACAGGUUCAUUGCCGAAUCUUGAGAGACUGACAUUAUCAUUCCUACAAGAACCAAAGGAUGGGAUCUCCGGUCUCGAAUAUCUCCAGAAGCUGAAGGAGAUAGAGUUUUUCGGUAACAUUAUAUCAUCUGUGGUGAGCAAAGUGGUUUCAUGCGUGAAGACGCAUCCCAAUCACCCAAGAGUUAUAGGUGACAAAUGGAACAUUGUAACUGAGUAUGCCUAAGUAGCUAAGGCUGGACAGAAAUCGUUCAUUUUAAUGUUCAGUUGCCAGUUGGGCAAACAACUGCUGUACUGUAGAAUGUACUGAAGUCAGUUCCAUCAUCCAUUGUAUUAUAUAGUGUAUGAGUUAGCUUGCAGCAAAGUUAAUGCACAUCAAUCUUUGGCAAGUGAAAUUUCAAUACUAUUUGUAUGUUUUGAAGUGAACUAUUGCAGUCUUCUCCA